CAACAAGCCAAAUCAAAUUAUCGAUUUCUUGCCAGAAAGUUCGCGUAGACUAUACAUUUUAUUUUGCAAAUAAACACAAAUUCCCAGUAUAUUUAGAUUGAUUGAAGCCAAGAGAAAGAUGGCAACGGAUGUGGAGCCGGCGGCGAAUACGGCGGACAAGUUUUCCGCCAACGCGGAGGAGCUGGAGAGCUACUAUCUGAUGCUGGAGUCCGGAAAUAUUCCGGAACUGCAGUGGCAAUUCCCGGGACGCAGGGCUCCGUCGCCGGAGGCGGGUUCGGGCGGCAAUAGCAAGGAACUCGAGCAGGCCACCGAUGCCAUUGAGCAGGAACCGCAAAAGGCCAACGACUUCGAUUUUAGCGACGAUGUGGCCCCCACCCAAAUGCGCGUCCGCAGCCAGACGUCCACGCCCAAGUCGGCCAAAAAGAAGACGGCCAACUUCGCCGGCGUCCUGGAGACGCUCAAGAAGAAGAACGCGGAGAGCUCAUAGCACCCGUCGAAAUUCCAAUGCUGAUCUGGCCAAAGUAACCGGUUGCAGAUCGUUCUCUAUCGUCAUGCGGAUUCGUCUAUAAGCAUUAGUCGUUUUAGGCCAUCGAUAGUACGGUCCAGAAGCAACCCAGCUGUACGGCGCUCCAGAAAGUUUGGCUUCGAGUAGAAGAUAGCAGCUAGUUACGAUGCUUCAAUUUUGCACUUCAAAUUUAACACAACAGGCUUGUUAGGGCCAAUUAAUUGUUUCAGUAGGAAUUGCAUUUAAUUGUAAGAAAUCCAUAUGCAGACCAGUUUGUUCAGUAAAUUGGGGCAGUCUUUAUGGACCUUCAGAGAGUUUCUUUAAGAGUAUAAGAUAGUUGCCCACUAACUAGUUGGGACUUAUAUUUAACUUCUAUUUAAGCAGUGGGAUGUGUA